UUUGUUCUGUUCCGUUGAUGGUUGACGGGCGCGGUAUGCGCCUCGGCUCUGCCUCUAGUUAAGGUAUAGGUGCAAACGAAUGUGUCUAAACUCGCUAUAAUUUUCAUUAUAUCAACAAUAAGUAUUUGUUAACGAUUCGACUGCCUGCGGUUCAGAAAUAACGAUUAAAUAUAAACGUUGCAGUUAAUUUCUUCCAAAAAUGCGGGAGUACAAAAUAGUAGUGUUAGGUUCUGGUGGUGUGGGAAAGUCUGCGCUUACAGUACAGUUUGUGCAAGGAAUUUUCGUAGAAAAAUAUGACCCAACGAUAGAAGAUAGCUAUAGGAAACAAGUAGAAGUUGAUGGACAGCAAUGCAUGUUGGAAAUUUUGGAUACAGCUGGAACAGAACAAUUUACGGCGAUGAGGGAUUUGUAUAUGAAGAAUGGCCAAGGAUUCAUUCUGGUAUAUUCAAUCACAGCUCAGUCGACAUUUAAUGAUUUACAAGAUCUUAGAGAACAGAUUUUAAGAGUUAAGGAUACGGAUGAUGUUCCCAUGGUGUUAGUUGGUAACAAGUGUGAUUUGGAAGAAGAAAGAGUUGUAGGGAAAGAACAAGGAAGUAGCCUGGCCCGACAGUUUAACUGUGCCUUUAUGGAAACCUCUGCCAAAGCAAAAAUUAAUGUUUAUGAUAUAUUUUAUGACUUAGUCCGACAAAUCAACAAAAAAUCUCCAGAAAGGAAACAAAAACAGAAAAAGAAAUCGAUUUGUGUGCUUUUGUAAUUGGUAUGAUUACUUGGAACCAAAAAGUAUGUUAUAAAAUUCAUUACUCAAAGACUUGAGAACAUCAAAAGGUGUAAUAGUGUAACAACGCAGAGCAGAGGCAAGUGCGUGGACUUGCAGUGAAAUUAAUUAGUUAAAUAAAUCAAUUAUAAUUUUAAUCUAGCUCCGAAUUUUGUGAAGCCAUCUAAAAAUUAUCAAAUUUAUAUUAUGGUUUCAUUUCAUCUUAAUAUUUUUCCAAGGUCAAGGUUGUUAUUGUAAUACUAGUUGCAAUUUUAGACAUAGGGUAUUUGUAAUACUGCCAAUAUUGUGGUGUCAAAUAGCGAUAGUUUUGCGAACUAGUGCAUAUUUUAAAGACAAUAUUUCAAGAUUCAAUAAUUUUUCACUUACACCUUUUUGUAAUGACUCACUAGACAGUGUAGAAUGUGAAGUGUCAUACAUUCGCGUCGACAGAAUCCCUUUGGUGCUUUUCUGAUCUUCGUCGCUGUCUAUUUGGGAUUUUCUUGUUGACAGUGCUCCUUAUUUUAUUUUGUAUCUCCAUGGCGCAUGUCCCCAUGCUAAGAAUCUAUUAUGAUAUUGGGCAGUGAUAGCUGGUAGAUAAUAUACUACCCCUACUAACAUAAAAAUUGAUGCGCCUGAGUUGGCUAUUAUAUUUUCAUAGAGAUGCUCUUUGCUCCAUUUUCUUUACUUAACUCCUUUUUGCUUGAAAAUUUCAUGUGGGCAUAUUUUGGAAAAAUACUGCCCUAAAAAUGUUGCGUCCAUGCUUAUUGACGAUCUAUCAGCGGCCGUGUUGGUUAUUGAAUGCAGGUGUCAUUGGUGAAAACCAGUGAUUUUAAAUCUCGCGCAUGCGCAUGUUGAAUGGAUCUUAAUUUUUUUAUUUGUAGAAGUGCUUGUAUUGUUAGCAUUGGCAGGGUCUUUGUAACUCUGAUAGAUGUGUAGUUUCUGCAUAGCAUGAAUUUGUUAAUUAUUACUCUGUUUUAUUGUUGUUGACUUUAAAAGAAAUUGAAUAUUUUGACCUGCUACAAUUUUAAUUUUAACGCAUAUAUCACUAUUCCAUCUAUCACUUCAGGACAGAACAAAACAAAAAAUUAUCGGGGCCUUGAGCAAAAGACGCAACAAUAACAUUUUUUCGAGGAAUUUUCGUAAAAAUUGAACUUAUUUGCACUGGUUUGCAUUUCAAUCGUUUCGAUGUAGCAAUCUGCUCGUGUGGGGUCAACACGUUGGUUUAAAUCAUUUCAACUACCUUCGUUAGCAUCGUUUUUGACACUAAUUGGGAUACCUCACUUAUCUUUAAAUAUAUAAAGAUGCAGCUUUAGUGGUAGUGCGCUAAAAAUAUGGUCUAGGAAAAUUCCACUUGUGCUAUCUUUCUAUCUUUAAAGAUAAGCAAUACCCUGGUUUAUUUGAAAUUAUAUAUACCUGACACGUUCUUUACAAUCAUAUUUUGUUAUAAAACACCCUUAAUCAUAAUUGAUAGGUGAGCACGCUUAUCGCAUAAAGAUAGUGUAUCAUAUAUUUUCUUAAAGAAUUAUUCUAUAAACCAAUAAUGUUGAUAAUAUUAUCCCUUGUUUUCACAUAGUGAUUCACGGAUGAAAAAAUGUCAUGAAAAAUUGUUUCUUUAUAUCAUCCGUCCUAAACGUCUGCCAGAUUUCAAGCGCAAUUCAACAAAUGAUCGGAUCAUAUCCUGGAAUAAUUUUUCACCACGUUAUGGCUUUGUUAUCGAUAAACCUAGAUAUAAUUUUUUAAAUGAACAAGAGUACCAAUAUUAGCCGAAAACGUUUUUGGUGCAUCAUUUGAUGGAGUAACAAUUUAGCACCUGUCGCGAUUUUGAUCUGAACUAGAAAACUCUAGAUUAGUCUAUUGUAUUUAAUAAUUAGAAAGUACCAAUUAGCUUAAUCACCUUGUGUAUAUGUUUCAAAGUAUCGCUUCUAAUUGUGUUUAUGUAUUCUUUCUGGAAUGAUUUCGGUCGGUGCAAAGAUGCAGUUGCAAGAACAAAUAAUUUUUUCCAAAAUUAAAUUGUAUAUAUAACAUGUCGAAGUGAAAGGCCCGCUAAAGGAGGUACAUAUAUUCAAUAACCACUUUGACACAGAUAUCAGAAUAUCAAAUUUAGGAUAGGCAUAGGGAAAGCAUAUUCGGCUGCUGUUUUCGCACCUGCCUUUUGCACGAUUCUGGUCGAACAUCUACUUUCCACCUGAGAACGUAAGACACUUAUACCAAUUUUUAUGCCAUUAUGUUAAGAAUAUAAUGUAUAGGUAUCUAUUAUAAUAAUAUAUUUUGUAACAAAACUUUCUUUCAGGUUAAUAAUUCAUUUACAAUAGGUGUCAAAACGUGUUUCCAUUAUGUUAAAAAGAACUGUAUAAAUUGUUUUUCUAGUGUUAAUAUAUAGAUGUAUUCUAUAAUGCUAAAUACAUUUCAAAGUAUUUGGAGUUGUUGCUAUUUUGAU